AUGUCCGUCCACCCCGCCCUGCUUAUAGAAGACAUUCUAGACGAAAUAUUCUACUAUUGCGACUUCAUUGGCCAUCAUGGCAUGUUAGAGAAUGCGACUUUGGCAAGCUUGGCACUGGUCUGCACGACGUUCCACGAGCCCGCCAUUCGUGUCUUGUGGCGAGAGCUCCGUGCAUUGACUCCCUUGUUCAGGCUGAUUCCGUCCUGCCACCUCCAGGAUCACGAUAACCAUGCAAAUGAUUCGCAGGGCGAGGUCGUAUCGUACGAUGAGAACAACCUCUCGGAUUUCUCAUUGCACGAAUGGAGCCGACUGCGAAAGUACACUGGCUACGUUCGGCUCCUCUACACUAUGGACUACGAGGAAAUGAAGUACCUCAAGCUCACCAACUGGCCGAUGAUACGGCGUCUGUCAGGAGGCGAACCUCUUCUCCCCAACGUUCGGGUGAUAUUCUGGCAGGUAGACGAGUCCAUCGUAGACGGUCUGCUUGCCUUUCUGUCCCCUUCAAUCGACCACCUGUACAUCCGCUGCGUGCACGAGCAACCUUUGACAGCAAAGCACGAGUUGGAGUGGGCGGCUCGUAUCAAGAUAUGGAUCGACGCAAUGACACGGAUCACGCCUCGUCGAGAAUUCACAGUGCUUUCAUUCGACGUGGCUCAACUCCCCCCGUCUCUUUUCGCGAUUCCGCUCUCUCUUGCCGCGCCAAAUCUCCCCCGUGCUUUGCAACGGGUGAAGCUGGAAACCGAUAUGUUCCCGAUUGACCUUCCCAGCUUGACUGCCUUGGCGAGCAUAUCCAAUGUGCAUUCUCUCCAGCUCUGCGAGCCCAACCUGAGUUGGAGUAUUUGGUCGCGCCCCCCUCAGGCUCCCGGCGGGCUCCCCGGAAAUGUAGACUUUCCCUACCUGCAGGACCUCCCUAUACAUAAUCACCCCGUAGAAGGUCCUAUAACCAGUGUGAUAUCCUCCGCCAGCCUGCGCUUCCUACACAUAGAGACAUGGGAAUACCAAGACAACGCCACUCUCUGCCGGACUAGCAGGGCGCUCGCGAAGGCCUUCCCCUCGCUGGACUCGAUUGGAUUCGUCGAUCCUCGGUGCCGCACCAAUCCCCCUCCUGAGCCGCUCGCACUCCUCGACCUGCUCAGCCCAUUCUUCGGCCAUCGCGUGCAGGACGUAUCCUUCGCCUCCGACACAGUCGCUUUCGCCGUCGGCGACGACGACCUCGUCGCCCUCUCCCGGGCGUGGCCGAUGUUGACCCAGCUGGCGAUCGAGAUGGCGGGCCGGGCGGCGCCCUCGUCUGAUUACACCGUCGGCCUGCGUGGACUUCUGUCCCUCGCGACCCAUUGCGCCAGCCUGAAGAGCCUCCGGUUCGGGCGUAUCGUAGUUCUGCCGGAGGACGUCGCGCAACUGCCGCCAGAGCCUCCGAACAGCGACCUGCGCUUCUUGUGGGUGAAGGAGAGGCUGUCGCCCGAUGACCAGCGUCUCAUAUCCGACAGGAUAUUCCCCACAUGUGUACAUAAGGUACUGCCGUAA